AGACUAACGGUCUGCAUUCGUGAAGUUCAGUUGUCUCACUAACAGCCAUGCUAUCGUACAUACUGUUCGCUCUCACCUGGACCUGUGGCUUGGGGGUGCCCAUCACUCCGCCGAUUUCCUCGAACACCAGUCAACCGCUUUCCCCGAACACCACUCCACCGCUUCCCCCAAACUGUGAGCGUGACGGGGUGAUCUACAUGAUUGGAGAAGACGUCCCGUAUCCUGGUCUGUGUGAUCGAUGCAGGUGUACAGAUGGGUAUAUUUUAUGUUGGUACAUCGGCGAACCAACGCCGAUGUGUUACAACCCUGUGUACCGCGGGGAGAAUGCGUGCCCGAAACACACCUGUCCAGAAAAUAACUGCAGAACCCCACACGGUCACGUCAUUGUUGGCUCAGAAUCGAAAUAUUUUCAAGAUGAUGGCUACUGUCAAUGUCCUGAACGGAGAUUUCUACAGCGUCAGUGGAAACCAGAAAAUGGAGAGGCUAUUUGUUUCGGCCCUAUUAUACCACCCCCUACUACUAUUACACCACCACCUACUACUACAACACCACCACCUACUAUUAGACUACCACCUACAACAAUCCCCCCUACAACACCGAUAGCUUAGCACCUUGAUGGUCGAUUGAGACUUCAUUUUAAGAAAUUCCAAAUCUCAACAAUUUUAAAGUAUGUGUCAGAAUAAAGUCCAAAGGAUAUUUUGAACAAUUUAUAAUAAUAUACUCUCCACGAAUCACUGUCCAAGUGAAGCAAUAUGAUGUAUGCACUGAAAGCUGUGUUAACAUUGUGACCGUAUUAAAUACUAAAUACACCUAAGACUAAAUGAAAAUGUCA